UCUCGGCAUUUUUUAAGCGCUAUCUAUUUGUCUUAUUCUGCGAAGUCAUGUUGGCAGUCAAACUCGGAUUAUGUUGGAAUUAUUUUGUCGGUCGCCGACACCACUAGUUUUAUGCCAGAAAUCAAGUGAAACGUCAGCCAAAUUGGAAACGUUUUCCAGAUUUUACUGAUAUUAGACCUUAUUUACUCGACGUGUAGUUAGAAGAACUGUAACCGAAUUUGAGACAGCGAUUAUUACAGUCGCGCUUAAUUUAUGUCAUAAACAAAUCAGCCAAACAUUCAAAGCUAAAAUCAUGUGAUGAUUUAAAUAGAACGUUCGGGAACUCAUGUGAUUAACCAGAAGUUAUCAUCCGUCUCCUAUAGUUUGUAGAAUUAAAACGACUUGUAUGGUGGUGUUUAAUAGAUUAUCAGAUAUUUCAGUGUCGUAUUUUUGCGAAGUCGACUUGUGCAAGCGUUUACUUAACCAUUUUGACCCUUGCAUAUUGCGGCGUCUCGGCCACAAGCAAAAAGCGAUCGUUUUUUUUUUCCACGAAGCGAUUUAAUAACCGUUUUCUAAUGACGACCGUCUGCGACUUCUUCUACUUGAAAACGCAUCGUAAGAUCCAAUGCCGAAAUCUAAUUUAUAUUCCUCGCAAUUGUGCGUGCGCCUAAGAAAAUCACUGUUACAAAACUAGUUUCGGAUGUUUUAUUUUUCUCUUUUCGAUCGAACGUCAGUUUCCUGGAUGAAACUGCCUGUACUACACUAGCUUUACAACCUAGCCAUGAAGUUGAUCUCAGAUGGUGUUUUUCAACUGCAGUGCAAAAGAACUGAACUGCUUAAAAAACGUCCAUAUUUACGGAAAAAGUUCUCGAAAACACCAUUUACGCUGACAUUGUAGACUGGACUAAAGUUAACGAUAGGUCACUGACAUCACAGUCGUCUGAACAGUCUUCAUUUCAAUGCGGUGGAAAAAUUCUGUUUUUAUUUCAACGCCUAUUGCAAAUCAACCAAAUGUUUUUAACGCGGUCUUUUUUUUUUCUUCGCUACCGAGGUUUUAGCCAGCUGUAUUUAAUAACAAUAUUUCAAGGUGUUUUCGCUUUCAACUUGAAACGUGCGAAAGUUCUUAACCGUCAAGGAUAUCUUAGUUUCUGUUUGUCUAUUAUGAUGUAGAGUGGCUAAGGACAAUCCUUACUUCCAGCGUGUUGCAAUUUUUCAGUCGCCUUUGAUAACUUCCGCUUUCGAAUGUUUUGGGAACUGAAAUCAGUCCGCCAAACAAAACCACAAACAAAGGAAAUAAAAACUGACUUGAUGUACAUGUGACUUUUGAUCGGUUUAGACUUUAUCCAGCUUAUAACAUUACAAAUAAUUGGACUAAAAGGGCAGAACAAAACACCGCCUUUUCAAAGUACAUUUUCAUUCUUCUCAAUUACGUCAAAAGAUGAUUGUUUUGCGUUCUUUUUGGGACUCAAGGUUUGAACGCCCUUGGAUCAAAUAUCGCCAUUAGCUAGUUGUACCACACAGAUGUUUGUUGGCAGGUCGAUUUAGGCUGAAAAUCCUAAUGCAAUUUACAUCCCCAAAACAUAGUGAGUAUAAUUGGACAGCUUAGCACAGGGAUUCUUUCUCGCAUUUUGAAAAGAUAGGUUUUCUCUUGCAAAUGCCUCGCUGUGACUAGUGCAGGCAAAAACACGUUUCUGGUUUUCUCAUCUUCAAAACGGUUUUUAAGGACCUUUUCUUCCUACAUCUGUUGAAGUCGUUUACUUAACCAAGCGUCUCUUAACUCGCCUUAGCUUAAAACUUUAUUACUUCCAUUAACGGCUAUACACAACACUUGAAAUGCAAAUUUAGACUAAAAGCUUUCAACUUCAUUUCGUCCGAGUGUGCAAGUUCAUCUAAUGGUGGGCAGUGUGUAUGUUUUUGUUUUUGUUUUUUUAAUCCACUCGGAUCCUAAAACAGUUCCUUUUUCUUCCAUCCUACGCUCAAACGAAUCCCGGAGUUGCAGCUUUGCACGGCGAAAACGAGUCUUGCUGGAGUCGAAGAACAAAUUGAGCAGGAGAAAAGAAGAUGUUAUUUUAUUUUAACAAACUAUGUUUCCGUAUUUUGUUUUCUUUCUCUCGUUGUUCUUUGUCUUGGACAAUUGUUUUUUUUUUCUAUUUCUUUGUUCUAGCCCGUGGGGUUUUGCAUUACUUUCAUUUUGUCCAGAAGGUUUUCAUUUCUUGUUUUACUAACUCCUACAGGUCUUUGCAGCUUAUGGAAGCGCUUUUGUCCGGAAACUUUGUUCCAGAAAUUUAGUCACGUGUCCUCAGGGCUUUAGUUAGCCGUAGAACGGAAGUCAACCAAGGUUUUUUUGACCAAAGUUGUUUUUCUCUCCUUGCUGUCCUGUUUUUUGAUUACUGAUCUUGUUUUCUCUCAUUUCUGUAAUGUGUGCAUGAUAUUUGUGUGUAAAAUGUUUUUCUUGACUCAUUUGUGAUUUUUAUUGUUGGGAUUUUUUUUCUUUUUGUUCGCGUGAAUUGUUCAAUACAGUUUCGUUUCCUUAUCACUUACAAUAAGAUCCACAGCUAUCUACAGCAACGUAAGUGUUUUAUAAUAGAGAUGUCGGCAGCUUUUCGAUGCAUUAGAGGGAAAGUGAACUCUUGUGAAAAGCACUUUAAAACACCCCAAAGCUGUGUUUGUCUGUUCAAAGAGAUGUGAUCUGAGGGAAAUCUAGCAUUAUUUUUCACCCCUUUGAGAAACCAAGUUGAUCGGCUUUGGAAGGAAGCUCCGCAACAGAUGUUCUGCAAAUGUUAAGUUUUUCUUUCACAGGGUUUCAGCCGCGGGUGAACGGAAGGAAACAGUCAGUUUCCCUCUCUCUCGUUAGUUCUGUUGAAAGAUAUGAAUCAAAAUAUGGAAAAAUGAAACGAAAAAGAAAAGAUAAACGAGUUAAUACUAGGCAAGUAAAAGUGGAGGAAAAAACAUGCACAAAAUGGAAAACGAUGUUUCACAGCUAGUGUUACGUAUAGGCCGUUUAAAACAUCUCGGCCAUUAUGAAAACAUACGCACAAGUCUUCAUCAUGAAUAGAUGAUACGCGCCUCGAAGUUUACUACAUAAAAUGUUUUCCAGAUGAAGGAAGUACAAUUAAAAAGCAAAAAGGGAGAAGACAAAAGAAACAACGAAAAUAGAAAAUAAUUUCGAAAGGAAGAAAGAGUCACAGCAAAAGUAUAGAAAUACAACGCUUCCACUUGAAUGAUUGUGAAAAUUUUGUUCCUCGGUCAAAAAUUUGGGGCUCAGAUGGUUUAAAUUCGGCGAGUAAUAAAUAGUCGUCUUAUAUCGUUAGUUCUUUUUAAUACUAGGGACACAGUAAGACAAAGUAGAUGAAGAAUCUUACUGUUUCUAUCAGAAUACUUGCGCCGAGAUAACUUGGACGCAUAGUUGCAAUGCGGCACAAAAUCUCCUUCGGAAGCUCGAGAUUUAAAGGCAUACACACCAUGGUGUUUAAGACAACAUUUUCGAUUUCGAAUUAUCACUUAUUCCAGAGAAUAAACAGCACAUUCUACUAAGAGGUCAUUUUCUUUUGAUUCUACAUACACCUACUCACUCGCUUUCUCUCGGACACUGCUAUCUCUUCUUUCGUUCGUGCGUGAAUCCCAUGUCUUACCUUCCCCACAAUGGAAGUGAUACGUAUCAGACUAAAUUUGUUCCGUGAUUAGAAAAAAAAGGAUGAAAACACGUUUAGUUGGAUUCUUCAUACAUACAAGGGUAUUGUUUUGUCGUUGUAACUGUGAAGCAGUUUCCAGGGUAUGUAAUGACUUACUUGACUGAUUGGCUAACUGAUUGUGUGAGUGACUGACUGACUGGACGGACAGGCGGACGGACAUAGGGACUGCCUGACUUACUGAAUAGCUGGAAAGCUUACUGGCUGGCCUGUUCACUGAGUGACUUACUGGUUCAUUGACGGACGGAAUGACUGACUGACUGACUGACUGACUGACUGACUGACUGAAUGACUGACUGACUGACUGAGCGAGUGACUGUCUAGCUGAUUUAUUGACUGAUUUACUGACUGACCGACAAAUUAUAGUAGCUGGAACUUUUCUUAUCCAUUUUAAUCCACUGUAUUAUAAAACGUUCACACGGUUUUUUUUUUUUGCAUCAUUGGCAAAACAGUUUCUAGUUACAGUGUAUAUCUACAAAGUGUUGCUACGUUCCCCAUGGGCUAGGAGCGUAAUAGAAUCAGAGGAUUUAUUCUACAAGCGCAGUCUCAAAAAGGAGAGACACACCCAAGCCAAACCCAUUUCUUUCGUUUACAUUUCAUAUACGAAUCACUCUUCUGUAUAAAUCACUCAGACUUGCGACGUGUGACACUUAUCUGUCAAAGUGAAAGUAAUGUUGGAAAAUCGGUUUCAAAUUAGUAAGAGGCAGAUUUUUAAUGCGUUCUACAGUCAAUAGCAAAUGUUUGCAUUUCGUCAAUUUCGAUUCCUUUCCAUCGAAUUACGAAACAAAUCCAUGGAAUUUGAAAACAUCUCAUGUUCAAAACGAUCGCCAAACUGUACGUUCUUUUCCGUACAAACGGUAGACAGUGCAUGUGUCGAUAACUUUAUGCUUUGUCUCUCUAAAAGCUUGUCUAUCAACUACAAGAUGGUCAGUUUCCGGUAAGGCAUGGAUGUCCUUAAACUUCUAAACGCAUUUAGUUGCGUUGAGUGUUCAGUUUUUUUAAGCUGUUGCUCAACAAUUCCCUCAGUUUUUUUUUUUUUUUAAGAGAUCCUUGUGUUUGGGCAGGAAAUAAAAGAAACAGGUGUGUUGGUACAGAUAAGAUUUUUCCAAAAUGUUUGUGGCAAAAAAGUAGAUCACCACUUCGCUUAUUCAACCAAGAUGGCUGUAAGACCAAGCCGCUCCUACUUACAGUUCGAAGAUCGAGAAUUUUCGCGUUGGUUUCAUUUCUCUUGGGAAGCUUGUGAGGUUUGCGGUGACCGCUCCACGGGCAAACACUAUGGAGUGUACUCAUGCGAUGGGUGCAGCGGCUUCUACAAGAGGACGUGCCGCCGAUCUGAGCCCUGGCUGUGUAAGGGCCAGGGACAUUGUCCGGUGGAUAAGAGCAGUCGUAACGACUGUAAGGCCUGCAGACUUAAGAAGUGUAUCGAGAUAGGAAUGAACUUAGACGGAGUGUACCGCCGUUCAAGGUUUAAUGAAGAACUUGGACAAUCACCCGGUGCAGAGAGUCCCGCAGUUAACGCACCAAGUGACAUGCGGGUUGAUAUGUCACCUUCGCCAGAGGGUCUUGGUUUUCCAGUUGCGACCUCUCAAAUUAGAGUUUCUCGAAUCAAGACAGUUAUGGUCAAAAGAGAGGACGAACAACAGCAACUACAAGAAGCUGAGCAACAAGAACAACAACAAGAAGAACAAGAGCAGCAACGACAGCUACCACAACAGCAACACGUACAGUCAAAUGAAAAUAAUCAGAAAGCGCCAGCAAGUCCGAAAUACUACAAGGAAAAACGUGACCACGAAUUUCUUGCUCGACCCCAAAAUUUACUUCCGGCACUUCAAGCUACUCCCUUCACUACCCCACUAACAACAAUGUCAUGUUCACCCGUGUCAAGUCCGGUCAGGGUAUCGUUUACAGCGCAAGGAAGCGGUGUAAACACUCGGCCAGGUGCGGCUGCACCACCGCUCUCUUCACAAAGAUUUCAACCGCCCAUGUCGUUUCCAUCAAUCCAACAGAAUGGCUACCAGAGUCCACCCAGGUCCGUUCCGAGGCUACCUACCGGGGGCCCUGUGGUAAAUGGCCAUAGAAUGGCCUCUACGGCCCUUGUGUCGUUCACAAACGUCCAAAGGCACUUGCAGUCCACACAGAUGAACUUGUCAGAGCUCCAUCAGGCGGUGGAACCUGUUUCAUUCCAUACCUCCGAGCCCCUCCAUGAUGCGGCCACACGACUUCUGUCAGUAUCCCUGAGGUUUGGUCGUAGGCUUCCUUGCUUCAGACGCUUGCCCUUUCGAGACCAAGUUAUCCUUUUGGAGGAAGGGUGGAAGGAAUUGUUGCUUUUAGAUUCAGUUUUCUGGGCGUUUACACUAACACUAGGGGGCUCCCCUGAGGCAGAGAAGGACCAACGACGACAGCAGGAAAUAAAGAAAAUGCAGGAGGCCCUGACGCCUUUCAAAACACUCAAGUUGGACAGCUCUGAGUACGCUUGUCUUAAAGCCGUCGUACUUUUCAGGACAAAUACACAGGGUCUGAAGGCAGCAGAUCAAGUGGAAGAACUUCAAGACGAGGCUCAGCUUAUAUUAGCAGACUAUAUCUGGUCUAGACUUCCAGCUCAACCCGCUCGGUUCGGUAAAAUACUCCUGAGUGUAGCCGCACUGCGCAGUCUCGCUGAAAAACCCAUUGAACACUUGUUUUUCAGCGCAGUUCCUGCCAAAGACAUCUUUGAGUCGAUAUUAUCACAAGUAAUUAGUACCAACUAGAGGUUAAGGGACUAAGUAAGCGAACAGACCUCUUGGUUGGGUUGUUCAAAGCCCGAUUAAGCUAACCAGGGAUUAACGAGAAUUUUUGUUUCGUUUUUGUAACUUUUCGGUGAGGUUUUCUCUUUAUAUUGUUUGUCCUAAAACUUUGGGUUGGAGUAAUAUCGAACUACGCAAAACAUAAGCAGUGAAAAACAUUUUUAUACAAGGAAAAGGAACAAUUCGGUUAACUUUUAAUCCUGGGUUAGCAUUAACCGGCUUUCGAACAUUCCGUCUUGUACCAAGCAUUGUUACUCUCUGCCUGACAUUGCUGUCAGUUGAUCCGUAUGGUGCUGAAAAACGUAACCCUAAUCUUGCGUUUUCGUGUUAACAACAUGGAUAAUUUCUCUGGUGUAGUUCCGUUAAUAAGAACAUUUUGUGACACUAUUUAUCGCUCUAUGACUGCGCAUGACUAUUUGACUCGGAUGUAAAUCAGAAUUGUACUGUUCAAUCUAACCCUUUCGGAAUAUGUUUGUAUGAUAUUAAUAAAAAAGUAGGUUGUGGCCCCGUCCACAAUAUGCCGGAGAAAUUCGAAAACUCAACAAUCAUCACCGGUCAUUUUGGAUUUGUGUUCGAGGAAA